UCAACAAGUGCAAGUGCAGUGAACAGUCACAGGACAUUUCAAAAGUAUUUUCUAAAGUUAUUCAACAAAAACCAAAAACUUUAAGCAUGUCUCACGCACAGUUCUUCGUUGUUUGCUGCAUUGCCAUUGUCGUCUUGGCAGUCUGUGCGCAUUGCAGUGAGGCAGCCACACAGGCGCCACUUUGCCAGCCCGGCAUUGUGGAAGAGAUGCCACAGCAUAUCAAGAAAGUAUGCAUGGCACUUGAGAACUCUGAUCAGUUGACUUCAGCUCUCAAGAGCUACAUCAACAACGAAGCCUCUGCACUUGUGGCCAAUUCGGAUGAUCUGCUCAAGAACUACAACAAGCGCACUGAUGUCGAUCACGUUUUCCUGCGUUUCGGCAAACGUCGUUAAGCAACUAAACCCGACCCAACGACCUAAAUUUCUAAAUGGCUCUACGACUCUACAGCAACUUCCCCCAAACUCUGAUACACGACCAACGAGCGUUAAUGCGUUUCUGUUAAAGUUUACACAACAAAAUGGCGUCUUCUCACUUAACUAACUAUUAUCUGUAUAAUUGGCACAGCAGCGUUAUGCAUGUGAAUUUAUCAACUUGGAAGCUCUCUAGUUCAAUAAUAAUAUCAAUAACAAUAAUAUUUGUGUAAUAUAUAUAUAUUCGCGUAUUUUUGUAUACUCAAAUGACCCCCGAA